AGUGCAGACGUCUGCAAGUUCUAACGAUACAGAAGAGGAGCGAGCUUACAGGAAGUAACGUGUUGUGACAGAAACACAACAUUGCAAAUGACUCUGAUGUUGUGUAUAUUUGUGUGUUUUUGAUCAGAGCUGAUCAGCCUCUCUGGAAAGCUUUGAAUUCCUGCCAACAAACAUGUCAGAGCUGAGGGUUGUUCUGCUGGGGAAACGAUGGUCUGAGAGGAAUUCAGUGGGGAACUUCUUACUGGGAGAGACUGUGUUCAGCAGUAAACCUAAAUGCUGUGUGAAAACCAGUCGCACAGUAGAGGGCAGGAACAUAGCUGUCAUCAACACCCCCUAUCUGCCUCCUCUGAACACCUCUGACAAAGAUCUGACAAAGUUUAUUCAUGACUGUGCAAAGAACUCUGAACCUGGACCUCAUGUGUUCCUGCUGCUCGUACAGCCUGAAAAGUUCACAGAGGAGCACAAACAGAGACUCUGCAGAGUCCUCGAAGGCUACAGCGAUCGAUCAUUUGAUCAUUCACUGAUUCUGAUCUCAGCUCCCACAGAGGAGAGCAAAGCUUCUACCAAAGCUUUAAUGGAAAGUCCGGCAUUAAAUGAAAUGAUCAAGAAAUGUAAAUGCAGAUACUUGAAGAGGAGCAACACUGAACUUUCAGAGCUGUUAAUGCAUCUGGAUGAAAUUAUAAAGGACAACAAUGGACAGCAUGUGAGCUGUGAAGCUUCUGAGGACACAACAGAACAUUUACCAGGAGAUCAUCUCAAACCAAAGGAGACAAAGACUCCGAUCACAGGUGCUGCUGCAGCUGCUGUGUGUGCAUUCAGGAUUGUGCUGUUGGGGAGAAGUGAAGGCAAGAAGACUAAACUUGGCAACCUCAUCACUGGGAAUCAAGAUUUUCACUGCCAAAAGCAAUCACCCAUCAGGCACUGCAUGGCCUCCUGUGGAGAAUGGAGAGGAAAACUAUUAACAGUAGUGAAAACUGCAGACAUGUUCAGUCUGUCUGAGGAGGACAUGAGCAGAGAAGUGAAGCGCUGUGUGAGUCUCUGUCAUCCAGGACCAAAUGUUCUGCUGCUGUUAGUGAAACCUUCUGACUUCAGUGAGGAGGACGGAGAAGCUCUGAAGUUCACCCUGAGUUUGUUUGGUCAGGACGCCUUUAAACGCUCCAUGGUCAUCAUCACACAUCACGAUGAAAUCAGUUUCCCUGUGAAAGAACUCCUGAGAGAAUGUGGAGGAAGAGCUUACAACAUGUUUGAAGAUAAUUAUGGAUCAUUAAUGGAGAAGAUUGAAAUGACUGCAAAUGAAUACAACCCCCACCUACAGGAGCCAGAACACAUCAGACCAUCUUUAAACCUGGUUCUGUGUGGGAGGAGAGGAGCAGAGAAGACUUCAGCAGCCGAGGCCAUUUUAGAUCAGUCAGAGCUUCAUUCAGUCUCAUCAGAGUGUGUCAAACAUCAGGGAGAGGUGUGUGGACGUCGGGUUUCCCUGGUGGAGCUGCCUGCCUUGUCUGGAAAACCUCAGGAGGCAGUGAUGGAGGAAUCACUCAGGUGUAUCUCCCUCUGUGAUCCCGAAGGUGUCCAUGCCUUCAUCCUGGUCCUACCUGUGGCUCCUCUCACUGAUGAAGACAAGGGAGAGUUAGAGACCAUCCAGAACACGUUCAGCUCUCGAGUCAAUGACUUCACCACGAUUCUGUUCACUGUGGAGUCAGAUCCUGCAGAUCCAGAGGUUCUUAAUGUUCUAAAGGAUGACAGGAACAUCCAGGAGCUCUGUAAGAGCUGUGGAGGAAGAUUUGUUGUUCUCAACACCAAAGACAAGCAGCAGAUCCCAGAACUGUUGGAUAACAUAGAAAAUAUGAGCCUGGGGAAGGAUAAACCAUGUAGUUACACAACUGUUGCAUUUGCACACGCCCAAAUCAGAAAGAUUGUACAACAAGAGAGAAACAUCACUUUGCAGCAGGCGGAGCUUGAAAAACUGAAAAACAAGAAACACGACAACUGUGAUGAGGGGACGCAGAGCACAGACCGUCUCAGGAUUGUGCUGAUUGGGAAGACAGGAAAUGGAAAGAGCUCUUCAGGAAACACCAUUCUAGGAAGAAGAGAGUUCAAAGCUGGAUCAGGUCAAAAAUCAAUCACCAAAUGUUGUCAGAAAGCUCAGAGUGAGGUGGACGGUCGUCGUGUUGAUGUGGUCGACACUCCCGGACUUUUUGACUCGACUAUGAACAACGAAGAGGUUCACGAGGAGCUGAUGAAAUGUGUCAGUCUCCUGGCUCCAGGACCACACGUCUUUCUGCUGGUGUUAAAAAUUGGAAGAUUCACAGCAGAGGAUAAAGAAACGCUUAAUUUAAUGAAGAAAGGUUUUGGGAAAAAAUCCAGAAAGUUCACCAUGAUUCUUUUAACUGGAGGAGAUUCACUGCAGGCAGACGGGGAGUCCAUCGAAGAUUUCCAAAAUAAAAGUGAUGAUUCUUUUAAGAAGCUGUUGACUGACUGUGGAGGAAGAUACCACGUGUUCAAUAACCAUGAGAAAGAAAAUCACACACAAGUCAGUGAGCUGAUAACAAAGAUUGAAACCAUGGUGAAGGAAAAUGGAGGCAGCUGCUACACCAAUGAGAUGCUGCAAGAAGCUGAAGCAGCGAUAAAGAAGGAAAUGCAGAGAAUCCUGAAGGAGAAGGAAGAAGAGAUGAAGAGACAGAUGGAGGAGCUUGAAAGAAAGCAUGAAGAAGAAAAAGAAGCCAUGAAAAGAAGAAUGCAUGAACAGGAAGUGAAAAUUGAAAAAGAGAGAAAACUGAGAGAACAACAACUCAAAGAAAAGGAAGAAAUUAUCAACAAGGAGCACAACCAGAGAAAGAAAGAGCAGGAGAAGAGAGAAGCAGAGGAGAGGAUGAGAAGAAAGGAGGAGGACCUUCAAAGACAGGAGUGGGAACAAAAGCUUGAAGGUUUGGAGAAAAAAAUAAAAUCUGAAAGUGAAGAAAAAGAAACGAUUGAUAAAAAGUUGGUGGAGAGCAGAGAGCAGAUGAGAAAACAGCGAGAGGCCUGGGAGGAGGAGAGAAAAGAGUGGUGGGAGAAAAGAUUUCGAGAAGCUCGACGGAGUCGCAUUAUGGAGCUAGAACGACUUGAAAAGCUCCAAAAAGAAUUUGACCAGGAACGAGAAAAAUCUGAAAAGAAAAGAAGAGAAGAAGAUCGAAUCAGAAGAGUCUUUGAGGAAAAAGAAAGAAAACAGCUGGAGGAAAACUACAAGACAAAAAUGCGUGACAUGAAAAAGAAACACGAGGAAGAGGCCAGAAAACAAGCUGAGGAGAUGAAUGACUUCAGAACGAAAUACACCAAAGAACUUAAAGCUCUGAAGGAAAAACACGAGGAUGAGUUAAAGUCCCUGAAUCGAGAGCACGACACAAAAAUGCAACAGAAAAAUGACGAGCACAGACGACGGUACAAUCAGCUACAGGAGCGCUCACGUGGCACAGAAACCAAACUGAACGAAGAGCUGAAGAAAAAAGAAGAAAAACAGCAACAACUGGAGGAGCUGAAUAAAAGACAAGAAGAAGAAAUAAAUGAUCUGAAUGAGAAAUAUAAAAAGAAAUGCACCGUCUGCUGAUGCUCUUUUCCAAUGCUGCAAUUAUAAUAUCACUAAUUGUGUUCAGGGUUUCUGCCUCCUGAUUUUAAGGACUAAAAAUGGAGAAGGCAGCAGACUGGUCACCUGCCCCAGGUGUGCCCCACCUCUCACUGGCAUAGCUGGCUGUGUGGUUGACUUAUGAACAUUUAUUCAGCUUAUACAAAUUAUAC